AUGGCCAAGGGAAAAGCAACCGAGAAGCAAAUCGCGUCGGAGCAGCCGCCGUCCUUCAUCAAUGGAACCCUGAGCAACGCAAUUACAUCGGUCUUCGUAGGACCUGGCAGAGAGAAGUUCGUUACUUACACCGACCUUCUCGGAUACUGGUCACCCAGGAUCGACGCUGUGUUUGACAUGUUCGACUCCGAACAUCUCAUGCUUCCGACCGUCAGUCCUGCAGUUUUCCGUGUGUUCCUGGACUGGAUGCGCUCCGAUGGCGACCAAUUGCCGCGAUGGAGUGUGCGUCAUCGCCAUGAUACACCCCGCGAACCCGUCAAAGUAGCCGACCACGAGGUCCUUGAGAACCCUGAUGCCUACUACCGCUCGCAACCUGAGGCCGAGGCCCUGGAGUGCUAUAUCUUCGCCAACGAGUACAAUAUCCGCCAGUUCAAGAAUGACCUCUUCGACAGCAUCCUGGAGAUGAACCCCGGUGGAAAUCUUGUUCCUAGCUACAGCAUCGUUCUCAGGGUCUGGGACGCGCUCGCGCCCUCUUCACCGAUGCGCAAGUAUCUCAUCGAUCUCUUCGCCCGCAACUGGACAUAUGAGACCGAUAUCGGAAACCGGGAGGAACUCAUCCUGCGCAAGCAAGUUCCGGCUGCAUUCUGGAUUGACAUUCUCACGUUGAGGGACAAGCACGGUGAGCUCGACGAUUAUCCGCCGUGGGAGGAAAACCUCUGCCAGUACCACGAGCACAGCGAGGAAGAAGCGCGCGCGUGCUACUGGCAGCAUAUCAACAAUGGCGAGGGAUAUUGUACCGACUACACGGACGACGACGAUGACGACUCGGCGAUGGACGAGUACGAGUCGGACUUCAUCGACGACGCAGAGUUCGAUUCUGACGGGGCGCCGAAGCUUGGAUCGCCGCAUCUGGGAACGGAUAGUGUGCAGGAGGACAAUAUGGAGCCGAUGAAGAUGGAGGCGGAAUUGCAGCAUGGAUAUGGUUCUUCUGACAGCAUCGGAACCAGCGAUUCUCUGACCCUUUGA